CGCCAGCUAAACGCCCUGUGUUUACACUAUUUACUAGUACUACUACUACAAAGCAAAAUUCGCAUACUGACUGGGGUCCAUGGGUCUCACAAUAUCUUCCCUUUUCACGUCGUUGUCAUCGCUGGUACGAUGGAGCAAAGACCAGGAUGUCCGUAUACUCAUGCUCGGCCUCGAUUCGGCUGGAAAGACGACAAUCCUGUACCGGUUACAGAUUGGAGAAGUGGUCUCUACAAUCCCGACAAUCGGCUUCAAUGUAGAGACAGUCCAGUAUAAAAACAUCAAGUUCCAAGUUUGGGACCUUGGAGGCCAGUCUAGCAUACGGCCAUAUUGGCGAUGUUACUUCCCAAACACAUCUGCCAUCAUAUACGUUAUCGAUUCAUCCGAUCAUGCACGGUUAACGACGUCACGGAGUGAACUGUUGACCAUGCUUUCGGAAGAUGAACUUAACGGCGUGCCACUCCUUGUAUUCUGCAAUAAGCAAGACGUCGAAGGUGCGCUAAAACCUGAAGAUAUCAGCGAACAACUGGGUCUCGCAGGUCGCGAGACAUCAAGACCAUGGAGCGUGCGUGGGAGCUGUGCAACAGAGGGGCAAGGCCUGGAAGAAGGAUUAGACUGGUUAGUGAAUGCAAUACAGAAAAAGUAGAAUAUGCGGCCCGUUCUCGCGGACGUACAUCUUCACCGUCUCUUGCAUAUUUCUUCCCGUCGUCUUUGGACAGUGGUAUACCCCAUUGGUACAGCAAGCAUAAUUGUCCCGUAAUUUGCCCUAUAGAUUGGAUUCCGUUUCACG